UGAAAGUCCCAAAAGUCAUUAUAGGUAUGGUUCACAUUCCAGUUAAUUUUAGUGACCAUCUUAUAAAAGAUGAAGAGAUAGUUCAGACAAAGUUGCUGUAGUUUGAGAUAUUGAGCUGAUGUCAUUGUUUUAUUUUUAUACGAAACAAUCAGUAAAAUUGUAAAACAUGCUAAUGACUACUUGCAGUAUUAUUGUGUUCCGAUGACUUUGAACCCAAAUGCAUGCUAUGAUUGAGCUAUUGAAGAAUUUAUGCAGGACAACUAUUCAGAUACCAAACAGUCAAUUUGGAUAAAUGAUAAUGCCGUGAUGCAAAUGUUAGAUUCAUAUCUUUUGGAAUAUUUAAUUAAAAAAAUUGUUAUUUCAAUGCUUAGAAAUGCAGAUCACUGAGAGUACAGAAGUCGUGAGAGACUGACAGAGCACUUACGAGAAUUUAACUUGGAGCUGCAGGAUGGGUCAUUGGGGUGUUUGUCAUCAAGUCAUGUUCAUUGGUCAGCAAGAGGAAUGUGAACUCACUUCCACCAUUCCUAAGGUUGAGGAAUCAGAAGAUGAAGAAAAAGUCAUUGACGUUGAGCCUAUCUUCAUGCCAAAAUUUAAGAAAAGAAAACGCCUAAGCCUUAAUCGUCUUAGAGAGAUUAAAGCAGAUAUGUGCGAUGGGCAAAGUAGUGACAUGGCUAAAACAAAGAAGUGUGCAAGCAGAGACAGAUGGUCAGCUAAGAGGUAUAAGUUGGCUGAGCAAAGCAUGUGGGAGGUCUUAAAAGGUGAAGGUGCAACUUUUGAAAAUCCAAUUACCCGAAAUGCACUAAGAUUGGCUGCCCGUAAGCACAUUGGUGAUACUGGACUAUUAGACCACUUACUAAAGCACAUUGAUGGUAAAGUGGCACCUGGAGGAACUGAGCGGUUCCGACGGUGGUUCAACACCAAUGGAAUCAUGGAGUAUUGGUUGGAGAGUGCUAGUUUGGAUAAGAUCCGCCAGGAGGCCGGGAUGCAAGACCCUUACUGGAUACCACCGUCUUCUUUAAGGGCAUGCAGUGUUCCUACUCUGAAUACUGAUUCCAUUGGUGAACUGAAAAUGCUUAAAAUAGAAAUGGCCCAGAUGAAAAAAGAUAUGCAAGAGCUCAUUGCCAAGAAGCAAGAAAAAAACGAAAUGUGUUUGAUGAAGGAGACACAGAAAAAUUAUGUGAAUUGGAAAGCUAUGACUGAGCAGCGUGUAACUGAUAUUAUAAAUUCUUUGAAGGGUGUGCAGGGCAUGCAUGAAGACAUGUUGAUUUGGAAAACUAAAGUUGAGCAACAGCUUAUGCAAAUAACCAACAAAUUGAGUGGUGUGCAGACAUUGAGAGAACACACCACUUCAAGUUAUUCUCCUGUAAGAUGGGAGGAUUGGCUGGAAAGCACCAACCUAGACAAUAUUCAGGGAAAUGAACUUGGACCUUGGUUUGGGAAUCCUGAGCUACUUAAUGUUCUUCCACAAGAGGUUGUACUUCAAGAUCCAAACUUAACCCUACCAACUCAGCUGCACGGGGUAGAACUGACUAACAUGAGGAGUAGCCCCCUCAUUCUUUCUCCUCGUGAUUAUAGCAAUUUGCUGGAGUUGGUGCCAGAGAAGCUAAAGGAAGAUCAAACUAAUGUGACACCUGAUUCUUCUACGACGGUUAACUCAAAAUCAGAAACUGACAAUUCAUUGAUAUUGUUUCAGGAAAUGUUCAUGGAGUUAUUUACAUCAAGGGAUAAAAUGGAGCAGCAGUUAUUGGAUAUAUCAAAUACUGUAUAUCGUAUGCUGGCAAUGAAAUAGACUCUACAUCGAAGUAUCCUAGUAUCAAGCCUAAUUUUUGGACGCUAAUUUUUAACCAUUUUCUCUUGUUGCUUUCAGAGUGUAGGGCUUAGAUAUUGUACAGGUUAACAAUAUAACGAAGUGAAAUCCUUCUCCAACCACAACAUAGAAGCCGCAUCUGAAUCUCACCCACACUGAGCUGCAAAUUGUCGAUAUUUUUCCCUGGCCUUUUAUAGUACAGUUGGUUUCUGCUUUAAGGUAGGUCACUAGGUCAUCGUUAGGGAUAUUAUUUUAAGUGACAGUUUUCUAGUUUUGUUCAGUAAAAGUUAAGCUCCUGUUAGGCUUUUAUUUAACUUAUUAGCUCGAGUGACUCUUGAAAAUAUGUACUUGAACCUUAUUUGGGGGAUAAGUUGCUAUAUGUAGAAUUUGUGCGGUAUAGUUCAUCA